AUGAGUGUUUACGCAAACGACGUUAAUUUCCCAGAAGUAGCUGAUGAAUUGUUGGGAGACCUGAGGAAACAUGUCAGCCACCUUCAUGAACGUUUAGGAGAAGCGGACGAGCUCCUAACAAAGUCUCAUGGAGUAAACGAGAAGAUUGAGGUUAUGAAAAUUGUAAGUUUCAUAUUUUUGUUGGUUUUUCCGAAGUUUAGGCACUAAUCUAAAGGAAAUCUUUCAAAGAAGAUACUAAACACUCCUUACUAUAAUAAUAAUAAAUUUUAGUACAAAGACGAAGCAAUUGCGUUUAAUUCAUGUUUCCGAAAUAAAGAUCGAAGCGAUUUGGUUAGAUCUCUACAACAUGAGAAUCGUGAGAUUCUAAAUCUACAAGAAGAGAAUAGGCAAUUGAAACAAGCUUUAGAAGAAGUUCAACAUGGAAUGACACUUUUGAUGGAAAAGCAUAGAAAUGUGGUUAAAGACAUGAGUCGUUCAGACGAUCUUAUCAAUGUUAUUCGUCAACACUACAACAAGGUGAGAGUUUUUUGUUAAUAUCAUUUAAGUUAUAAUCUUUUGUUUAAUUUUUUGAAUCCUUAAAGAUGGUUUAGACAUUUUCUUAUUGUUUACUGUUAAUUUUUCUAUGUUGUAUUAAUUAUGAAUAGCAGAAACAUUAAUAAUGUCGUGAUAGGUCAAUUACAAGUGUUUAUGGCUCAAUGUUUACCUUUCAGAACAACAAUGAGAAAACAUUUGAACAAAGAUUUUAUGAACUUGCAGAUUUGAGUAGCACAAUGCUGGAGAAAUGUGAAUUACAACACAACAAGGAUGUCGAGGUAUAGUAUUCAUUAAUUUUCGCUUUAACUUUAGGUGAUGGAGAAACUGUUCUUUAUUACACAAACUAAAGUUAGUCUUUAUAGCGCAUGGCCAACAUUUGUGCCGAGAACAAGUAUCUUCGAUCAUGUUUAGCAGCUCGUGGAGCUCUGGUACCUGGAGUCAAUGCUAACGAAGAUGGAACUCCUGUGGAGUUGGAAGGUAAAAUACGUUUUUCGGAGCUACAAUUUUUUAAAAUCUUCUGUACUUUGAUUUAGUCGAAUCAACUAUAAUAGUUGGUUUUUUUAAAUUAAAAGGAAACUUUAAAAAAAACUUCAAAAUUUUAGCCGAAGCCAGCCAACGCCCAUAUCGACCAAUAACGAAACGUUUGGAUGAAGAACUGAACCAAGAACAUGGCUCUUUUGACACUCCAUCGGACAUUGUUCGUGCAACGGAUACAUGGCGAGAGAAGGAAGAACAACAAAAAGAAUAA